UGUAAUACGGACGAAAAUUCUUCUGACCUCUUCACUUCGCGAUUUAUUUAUAAACAAGAAAGAUGGCCGAAACAUCGGAAUCCGCCCUGUCAGUUCGACAUCUGGAAAACACAAGCGAAAAUAAGGAAAACGAAGACAAGAGCUUUGAACCGGAAAAGAAAAAACAAAAGCUAACAAGUUCAUCAACAUUUUUUGACUUCAAACUGGAGGAAAGACUGAGUGGAAUUUUGUGCUGCGCAGUUUGUUUGGACCUACCUAGAACUUGCUAUCAGUGCACAAAUGGACACCUUAUGUGCUGUGGAUGCUUCAACCACCUUCUUGCCGAUGCGCGCCUCAAGGACGAGACAGCGACAUGCCCCAACUGCAGAUGCGAGAUCAGCAAGAACUCCUGCACUCGAAAUCUUGCCGUGGAGAAUGCUGUGUCUGAACUGCCGUCCCUCUGCCAGUUCUGCUCCUUGCAGCUGCCAAGAAACAACAUAGAGUAUCAUGAGCGGGAACUCUGUCUAGAGAGACCCUCCAAAUGCAAGUUCAUGCGAAUUGGUUGCCCCUGGAAUGGCCCCUUCCAUGAGCUUCAAGGCCACGAGGCCUCAUGCACGCACCCCCAGAAAUCCGGCCUUGAGAUUAUGGAGUCACUGAACCGUAUCGAUGAUGCUCAGGCUGCUGAACACAAGCUCUUCAAAGACAUAUUCUCCCUACUUUCAUUUGAGAAGGUCACGUUCAAUGACCUCCAGUUGAAACCCUACCGCACUGACGACUUCAUCACAAAGCUGUUUUACGAGACGGGCAGGUUCUCGGCAUUUAACAACCAGUGGGUGAUCCGCGCAAAAGUCACACACGACCAGAAGGAUCCUGCCCACUCAUCGCAGAGAGCGUUGACAUACCAGCUAGUUCUGAAGAGCAAAAUCACAGCACCUAUCGUCAUCCAUUUUGUCAUACUGAAGGGUCCAUUUGGUGAUAUGAAGGUGAACCCGGCGAUCUAUAAGCAUGAGUUCACGGCAGACAUUCUCGAAACGCCCCACCACGAUCUUCCGAUCAUUGAUUCCAUUGAGUGUAACAAACUCCUUGCAUCAAAAACAAUUAACCUCCGAGUUCUCAUGUUUCAAGUAAAUUCUUAAGUAGAAAUUUAAAUAGGAUUAAGCCUGGAAACUUUAAUGUCUGAUACAGAGAAAUGCUGGAAGGUAUGGUUAAGAAUAUUUUAUUACUCCCAGCAUAGGAAAUGCAGCCUCAGUUGCUUGUUAUUGCAUUGAUAUGCAUUUGUAAUGACAUUUUUAACAUGAACAUGUACUCAUGAUGAGUUUAUAUAUUGAUAGUUCUGCUGACUUAUUUUUAUGCCCUCCUUCGAAGAAGAGGGGGUAUAUUGUUUUGCGCAUGUCGGUCGGUCCGUGCACCAGAUGGUUUCGGGAUGAUAACUCAAGAACGCUUAGGCCUAGGAUCAUGAAACUUCAUAGGUACAUUGAUCACGACUGGCAGAUGGCCCCUUUUGAUUUUCAGGUCACUAGGUCAAAGGUCAAGGUCACAGUGACUUGAAAUAGUAAAAUGGUUUCUGGAUGAAAACUCAAGAAUGCUUAGGCCUAGGAUCAUGAAACUUCAUAGGUACAUUGUUCAUGACUGGCAGAUGACCCCUAUUGAUUUUCAGGUCACUAGGUCAAAGGUCAAGGUCACAGUGACUCGAAAUAGUAAAAUGGUUUCCGGAUGAUAACUCAAGAAUGCUUAGGCCUAGGAUCAUGAAACUUCAUAGGUACAUUGAUCAUGACUGGCAGAUGACCCUAUUGAUUUUCAGGUCACUAGGUCAAAAGUCAAGGUCACAGUGACAAAAAACAUAUGCACACAAUGGCUGCCACUACAACUGACAGCCCAUAUGGGGGGCAUGCAUGUUUUACAAACAGCCCUUGUUUGACAAUAUAUGUCAGCAUGCCACUGAUUGUGAUUGUUUAGAGUAUAGAGUCUUUUAUUUUAAGAAUAUAAAGUGCUUUUGUUUUUGCCUGUUUAAGUUGGACAAGAUUAAUUAAAAAGUGUUAUUAAAACUUAGUGUUCAGGCUUUACAAAAAAAUGUUAAUGAUUGUUUUGUAACUAUUCUGAGAAGUGUUAAUAUGAACAGUUUUUUAUCUCGUUAAGUUUCUCGUUAUGAUUAAAACAAAAUCAGUGGAUAUCCAUUUGCCAGUAUGAAUGUGCUGUUUUCUAGCUAUUGACAGUGACUGUUUGAAAUUAAUAUGAUGUAUUUGCAGCUCACCUGAUCUUAAAAGCUCAUGGUACACUAUUUUGAUAACACUAUGUCCAGCGAAGUGUUGUGUGAUUUGACAACUUCUAUCUCUCAAGAUACUACAUUUAUUAAUCCAAUCUUGAUGAAACUUGGUCAGAGUGUUUGUUUUUAGGCAUUUUGUGGGCUGAGUUAGAAUCUGAGUCUUGUGGGUCAGAUAACUAGGUCACCAGGUCAAAUCUUGGAAAAAACAUGUCAGCAAUCUACUGUAAGGACCCUUGAUGAAACUUGAUCAGAAUGUUUUUCUUUACAAUAUGAAGGCCAUAUUUUAAUCUUUUGUCAUUUGGAGUAAACAACUAGAUCACCAGGUCAAAUCUUCAACAAUUUGUGUCCAUGAACUCAGGUGAGCGUUUAGGGGCCUUCUUUGGCCCUCUUGUUUUCCUUUUUAAUAGCCACGUCUUUUUUGACAUGUGAUGUGUAACAUAUUGUUUGCAUUUUUUUACUCUCCUAAUUCCAUGUUAUACGAUUGUUGUAAAGGAGUUUAUAUUUUAUUUGUACAUAAGAGUGUUUUAAGCAAGGAAAUAAGGGUGUAUAUUACUACAAAGGGGCAUUAUUUAGUAUAAUCAGACCAGCAGUGUUGAUAGACAAAGUACUGGUUUAGUGGUAUUAUUAAAAGUUUGCAUUUUUCAUUAUAAUUGAUCCUUUUACUGAUGUAACCUUUUGGUUCUUUAACAAGCAACAAACAGCUGUUCUUAAUUUCAUUAAAAUCGUAAAUUUUAAACACUUUAUUACAUGACCAUGUAGUAGGGACUGUAGGAAAAAACCAACUGUUGUUAUUUAUCAAGAUUUAGGAAAUAUUGAAUUAUAAGCUAAAUUGCUCUAUAAAGUAAACAGUUCUGGCACUUUAUUAAAAGAAGUAAGGCUAUUCAGUGUUCCCUGCUCCCCAAGUUUAAUGAUUUUGCAUUUGAUCUUCUUACAAUUUUUAUUUGGGUCUUACCGGUACAAUCUUUGGCAAAUGAAGUUAUGAGACACAUUGGUCAAGUUGCAGCCCUUGAUUCAUCUAAAAUUAAACUUAAAUGGUUGUUCAGUACUCACUUUAGGCUGUGCGUUUUCAUGCAAUUGAACCUGUCACACAUUUUUAAUAUUGCUAUAUACUAGAAGUGACAUUCUUUUAUACAAACAGCUUUUCUUUUCUUGCAUUGUUAUUUUCAAAGGGUUCAUAAAUAAUAAGUAUACAUGUUCAGUUUCAAAUGCUUUGCUUCUGAUUCCAUACUUUUAUGAUCUCGUUAUGUACAUACUUGUAGAUAUUCAGAAAUGUGUUUUAUGGGUUUGAAUUCACUUCAGAAACUUAGCUUUUUACUUUACAAACGCUGAUAAAUUAUAGCUUUGAUAAUCAUCAAAUUAACGGUUGUCUUUGAUUUUCAUUGUUCUUAAUUUGUUACUUAAAGUGUUUUUGUUUUAUUUAAAAAAGCACCGGCUUUAUGUUUUUAUAUUGUAAAUAAUUAAAUAAUACUUUUAAAGACUAUUAGUUCAUUGUACGGGUAUUAUUAUGCAAUAUGUAGAAAUAAGUUCUAUUGGAAAAGGAUCUAUGUAUUGAAGUAUAUUUAUGUAGUAUUCAUUUAAAUGAUCUUUACUUUAGCAUUUUUCUUUAAGUUUAAAUAAAAAAACUAUGUACUUAUUAAUACAUUGUCUAUUAAGGAGAGUUUUUUUAACUAAUAAUUUAUGCAACAGAUUAAUGUUUGAUUUUGUGUACAAUAAUAAAAUAAUAAUUAUCAGAAUAGGAAAAGAUCCAGUUGCAGAAAAGUGUUGAAUAUCUUAGACAUUCAAUUUACAAUUUGUCAAAUAGGAAUAAACUUGAAGAGACCAUGUAGCAAGCGGUGAAAUAAAUGAUCAAUUUAAAAAAAAAGGAUUUUUACAAGUUAUUAUGAAAUUUCAAAGAAUACAUCUGUUUAAUACAGCAGCACCUUGUAACUACCCUUAAACUUAAAAAUAAAUUAUUUUUGUUGUUUUAAAUAAAUAACAAACAUACAUUAAAUAAGCGGUAUCAGUAUAUGUUUUAGAAGUUAAGAAAAAACAUGGAACGCAAGUGUAAAGGAUUCUAACAGAACAGUUUGUAAUUAAUAACAUAUUUAUUUCAUAUAGAUGUUUGUACUCAUUAUACAAGGGUGUUUUAUUUUUGUAUAGUCUUAUAUUUAACAUAUUUAGAAUUGUUAGGUUUUGAAGCAUUUUAGUAAUGUAUGAUUUAAUGUUUCUAAACUUCUAUUUAACCUUUUAAGUUACAUUAACCUUUCCAUAGUACAGUAGUCUUGAUUUUGUCAUUCUUUCAUUAAGUGCUUUUAUUAGGAAUCAUACUUCUUGGUAUUGUUAUAUAUUUAAAAUCUAAUGAAAAUUAAACAUUCAGUUUGUUCUAUAAAUUGACAUUUUAUAUGUAAACAUAUGUAUAUAAUUACUGAAUUUUACUUUGAUGUAAAUAUAUAUUCCUAGUUUUGUGUUAAGAGAUAUCUUUUUAAGAUUCAUUUGUUGUUGGUAUUAUUUUAAUAUUGAUCCAAAAUUUUAUCAAAUUUUUAUUUAAUAAUAUGGUGUAAAUAAAUAUGUUUCUUUUAGUGUCUCUAUUUUAUAAAAAAAAUAAAUAUUUCAAUUGGAAAAAUGGAACAAGUUUCUGUUACAGUAUAAAAUAUAAUUUAUAUACAUUAAUAGUGUACACUUGUAUAUAGUAGCAAUGUAUUGCAUUUUCACCAGUGUUUUAUCCAUGGCUUUCAGAUAUUGAAUUAAAAUAUAAAGAAAAGAUUUUUGUUUUUGUGAGGCGUUGGUAUAUUGUAAAUAAAAACAAUUCACAAACUUUAAAAUAAUUACAUGUGCAAAUUGUCCAUGACCUAUUUAAGAUUUUAAGUUAUAAAGGAAGUUGUCUAUAUAUCAAACUUCAGGUUGUCUCUGGCCUAUCAAAGACCUUAUGUUAGAAAAGGGCUUGUCUUUCACCUAGGAUAGACUUCUGGAUAAGACAAAAGUUCGGAAUGACCUACUAAUUACUUCAGGUUAGGAAGGAAGUUGCCUUACUUAUAAGAGACAUGAUAGAAUUUAGUCUAUGAAUAAAGUUUUUUGACCUACCAAAGACUUUAGGUUAAAAAGGAAAUAGUCCCUUACCUGCCACAGACUUAAGGCAAGAAAGGAAGUUAUCUCUUAAUUACCUUUCACGGACUUUAUCUUCUCUGACCUUUUACAGACUUAAGAAUGAACUUAUCUCAGGCCUACCACGGACUUCAUGUCAGGAAGAAAGUUGUAUCUGACCUAUCACAUUCUUAAAGUAAGGAAAAAAUUUGUUUCAAGAUCUGCAUAGAGAGUUGAUUCUGUCCUAUCCAAGACUGAACCAUGGGAAAGGAAAUUAUAUGUAUGCUGAUCUUUUACAGCCCAAAUAAUAGGGAUGUAAGAUAUUAAUGAAUCACAAGUUUGAUUUUACCGGCGGAGUUUCUUUAAACACAUAAAAAUCAUUGUAUUUUGAAAAGAAUCUCCAUGCACCUGAAAAACUCUUUUCCUUGUGUUAGCGGAACAUAGCUUUUCAUGUGAAAAUUGCUUGAAAACACAUGAAUGGUUAAUUUCUGUGGUAACAGGUGAGAUCCUGAAAGGGAGCUGCCACUGUUACCUAAAAAUACAAGAAAGUCUCGAAAUAUAAAUCAAUUUUUUUACAACAAAUGGGAUGUAAGAUGUGAUAUUAAUUUAUAUUGUCUACAACUGGACCUACAACAUGCAGUAAAGGUAAUACAUUAAUAUGAAGAAAGUUAAAUGCAGGAUAUUUGGUUAAUGGUCCCUGCAUGCAUGGUGCCGAAGCAAUCAUUUUGCAGUCUAGAUGGUUUUUAUGGAUUUCAGUGAGAACAGUAUGUUUGAACCGGAUGGACUCUGACAUUACAUGUGUGCACGAUUCCAACAUCAUUAAAUACCAGUUUGGACUAAUGAAGGACUGCUCCAAAACAGUAACCCCUAUGACAUAUAUUUAUGCUAGUCCUAAAAGACCUAGACAAAACAAAUAGCUUAACUUUGAAUAUUUCAAAUUUAUAUUGCACAAUCAUUUUACAUGUUUUCUUCUAAAGAGCAUAUCAAAGCUUAAAAAAUCAUUUUUAAUGGCCAUUCAUAAGGAGCCAAUACUAAUUAAUGACAUACCUGUUGAACUAUAAAAGUGGUUUCCUUUAAUUUGUUUGGGAUUUGUGGAUUCAUUUCAAAGUAAAUAUUGUUUUAACUGUUUAAUGUAAACAUAAGUCAAUAAUAAUAACAAGUGUUUUUAAUUAUUGCAGCAUUAUUUUUUUCUUUUACUCAUAUUCAGUGAUGUUAAUUGUUAUCAUUAGAACAUAAUGAGUUGAAAUGCAAUACAAGAAAAGAAAAAUAAAUUUAAGCUGAAUACAAUAUAAUAAUGUAUGUUAUGUCACUGUGGUGGUCGAGUGGUAACAAACUGGUCUACCAUUUCAGAGGUCCCCGGUUCAAUUCCUGGCCGGGGAACUGGAAAUUUUAGAAAUACUUCAAGUGUUUCCCACCCAACUAGAGAUGUAUGACACCCAGGUAAUUCUCGCGUGUAUUGGUGCUAUACACUGAGCACGUAAAAGAAUCAAGGGAUCUAUUAGCCAAGAGCUAGGGUAUUGCACCUGGAUUCCUUGUAUCUCAAUACUGUCUCUACUGCUUGCUGUCUCUUCAGCAAAAACCAAAGGACCCUAUCGGAAACUUUCACUUUCAUGGGUUAUCCUUGACUGCAAGGUCACAAGAAAUACAUACAUACAUUUCCUCACAAUUAACUUCAACAUUUUUUAUCAAGGUAUAUAUCUUUCAUUUGGUUUAUGCAAAUUAGAAAAAAGCUGAAACCUUUUAAUAAACCGCCUUGGAUUCAAUCUGAAAAAAAAUUACGACUAGCCAGAAAGGAUAAUUUCAAAUUGCCGGUAAUUUAAACAUUAUCAGGCACAACAUUUUGGUCUGUUAAUUUGCAUUAUUGGGCACUAGAAUUAGGUAUCUAUUUUCUUUAAGUGGUUAAUUCACCAAAGGUCAAGGUCCUAUCUACUUAACCGGUAAGUGAUUAAGUCACCAAAGGUCAUGGUCAGACUAGAAUAAUGGUAUCAUACAUUAACCAGAUUCAAGGAACAUGUAAAACAAAAUACAGGUAUUCAGUAUGAUAAAUUCACCCUGGUAUGGGUCUCAGUAAGAGGUCAUUUAUAUCAAAGACCUAUAGAUAACAUCUAGGUCUUAAUUUAUAUUAUAAUGAAUAUACCUUAGGUCAAGGGCCUUUUUAUUGACCACAGAUAAGGUCAGAUAAAAAAUAAUGUUACUGGAAUGAUUAAUUGGACUUCUGUCAAUGCUGUUAAAUAUAAAUGCUUAAAAUACUGUUAAAUUCACCUAAGGUCAAAGCCAUAACAGGAAAAAAUAUGAUGCAGUCAGUAAAAGAAGUAGGUCAAAAUAGGUCAAGUUUUUUUUAAUGAAAUUUACCAUAUAUAAGGUCAGAUAAAACAAAAUGUAACUAGUAUUCGUUUAUUGGACUCCGGUCAAUGCUAUUAAAUAAUGCUUAAAAUACUGUUAAAUACACUUAAGCUCAAAGGAAAAGCAUAUGAUACAGUCAGUAAAAGAAGUAGGUCCAAAUAAGGAGUGGAGAAGGUCAAAGUUCAUCUUUGUGAUAAUAAAUUAUAAUAUGUUUUAAAUAUUCUUAUUGAGAGUUGUGUAAACACUGAAUAUUCUUGGUUGUAAAAUAAAUACCUUUAUUUGAAUGUAAGGUCUACAUACAUUAUUUAAAUGCUUCAUAAGUAUAUUAUUGUAGAGGAUGUUUUUGUUAAAAUUUACCAUUAUUUGGCAUUGGCCUUUGAAUCGGAGUUUUUUUGAAAAUAUGCAAAUAUAUUCUCUUAAAUGUUAAUGAUUGUUACAUUAUUUUGAAAUUGAUAAAAACAUUAUAGAAUAAUGUCAUACUGUAUGCUCAUUGAAAGAAAAGACUGGUGUAGCAUUUACUCUUGUACCAUUUGCACACUGUAUGGCUGUGCACAUACAUAUCCACCAUCAAUGGUAUUGUUUCUCAGUAAACAUGUAUACACAUUUAAAUUGUUUGACAUAUUCUGUAUAAAAGAUUGUAAUAAAUCAUAAAAAGAACAA